GGGGGGAGGCGGAGGCAGCGCGCAUGCGCAGUUGGGGGGCGCCGACUCCUCCAUCCUCCUCUCGGGUAGGCGGCGGCCGCGGCUGCUGCGGGGCCGCACGGAGCCUUCCCCACCCGCUCGCUAGCGCCUGGGCCGGCCGGGCUAGUCCGGAUAUGGCUCGUGGACAGCAGAAGAUUCAGUCGCAGCAGAAAAAUGCCAAAAAGCAAGCUGGACAGAAAAAGAAACAAGGACAUGAUCAGAAGGCUGCAGCCAAGGCUGCCUUAAUAUAUACCUGCACUGUUUGUAGGACACAAAUGCCGGACCCCAAGACCUUCAAACAGCACUUUGAGAGCAAGCAUCCUAAGACUCCACUUCCUCCAGAAUUGGCUGAUGUUCAGGCAUAAAGUUGUUUACAGGUGAAUUCAUGGCACCUAUUGACUCGUCUACAGUCAGACCUUACAUAACAAAUCUGCAGCUGCUUUUCUAACAAACUGUUGAUCAGCAAAAAUGAAGGGGUUACAGAAACAUUCAUAUUUUUAUGCUGUUCCCUCUUGAGCUUCAUGCAAAGACGAUUCUGUGUAAAUGUACAGUUGUGCCCUAUUUGGAAAUCCUGAAAACCAGUCCAUACUUGUUAUAAACAUUUUUUACAAUUGUAAUUAUACUGAUGUUCAUAUUGUGUAAAAUAACUCAUUUAAUAAAGUAGUAUUUUGAUUUUUACAAUAUCACAGGUUAAAUGCUUGUAGAAGUUCUGUUUCAACUUUCCACAUUAUCUGCCUUAUAAAAUCCUAAUGAGGACAAAGUGGAAUUCUCUCCAUCCUGCCAGAAACGUGAGCAGUUUCAUUCCACUGAAAGUAAUGUGCAUUACAAUAAGCUGAGCUAAAGCUAACCUAAGAGGGAAACUGCUUAUGUUUACCUUCCAAUGUUCUGCCUGUUUGAGCUCGUUUACUAAAAUUUUAUUUCUUGACUCAAGAGGUAUAGCCAACUUCUUAGAAGCUGCAUUAGAAUCAUGGGACUUCCUCUUUUUUGUUCUGUUUAUUAGGGAGUGUGGGUACUACAAGCCAUUUAGAACAGGUCUCCUUUGCUGUAAGGGAACUUGUUCCUUCUAUUCGUGCACUGGCGAGACUCUUGUUAGACAAGUGAACCUUAAUAUUUAGUAGAUGGCUGGCAAAGCUGAGACACAAUAGAAUUUAAUAUUUCUGGACAUGCUUAUCUGAAUAAUGUUCACAAAUGCUAUAUCAAGUUAAAGUAACUCUGCUCUUCAUUGUAAAAUUCAGUUGGAAAGAUUGUAAAUGCACAUGAGCAGCCAACCACGCAUCUCACCCCCCACCCUCCAGAGUCUCUGGCUAUCUUAGUAGCAACUUUUUUCAAGAAGUGUGCAAAGUAAUCAAACUCUAAUGAUCUGCUUAUUUGACACUGAACUUAAAAUAAGCCUGUUGGAAAGCACACAAGCCAAAUGACUAACUGGAAGUGAUGUAGCUAGUUAAACUUAAAUCAGUCUCGACUUACCAACAUUACCAGGGAAAAUUUUAAGCUUUACCUGAAACCCCUAGAUGAGAGCACGUGAGGACAGAUUUAACCUUCAUAAAGUGUAUCAUGGACUUGAUUCUAAUCUCAGAGCACAAGUGGGGGGGAAAAUCUAAAAUUGGUGUAUUUGAAUUGUGCUGGGAGGUCUGUGAUAUACAGUAGUAGCCAUCCUAAAUAUAUUUGAGGUGGUACUGCCAAAGAACAGACCUUCUGAAAUUGGUUAGACAGAGGGGAAAUGCUAUGAAUUGCUGAGAAAUUGGUUACAACAAACUGCAGCCACAAUAACUAAUCUCUUAUUUCUGACAGACCAAGUAACCAAGUUGAACACAUUCUUUGAUUUAAUGAAAUUCACUUGAAAUAAGUGGUAUUUUUGGUAUAUCAAGUCAAAUACAGCCUCUUUCUAUGUCCACUUACUUUCCCUUUUAAUUAAUUACUUGUGUCAGGCUAGCCUCCCACCCUCUUUAUUGUGACAUUAAGUUGUAUCUCUCUGUAAAUGUUCACUUUGGCCUAAAGUUUCAUUGUAAUAUACCCACUCUGACAUAAUCUGUAUACCACUGAACUUUGAUAGGUACCCUGUUCGUCUGCUGAAAAUAAUCCAGUACUGCACUAGUACUGACAUUAGAAUGUAGUCCUUCAUUUUUUCUUAAUGUUAGAAGUUAAUUCAAUAACUUCAUUCUGACAGCCUGACUCCCACAAGACAAGAAAUCUGCCUUUCAACUUGGUGCUGAGGGGUACCUAAAUGUUCUCAUACUGUAAUUUCAUCAAAAAUAAGAUGAGUAUACCCUGAACAAAAUGUUCCUUACAUUGAUUGAUGUUUGGUAGUCUGGUUUUUCUCAGGAGAAGGUUCUGGGAUGCAUCCUUUACCAAAAAAAGUCCUAAGCUGAAAGACAUGUUUUGUUGCUUUAAUUUACAGAUUGUGUAGCAAACGUAGUUAAUGAGCAAAUAAGGUGGCUGGAAAGUGGCAUCAUACUGGUAGGACAAAUUAACCUACUUAAGAAUUUUGUUGCAUUUUGAAAACUGUAUGAUAACUACAUAACCAUCAGUUGAUAUUGGUAAAGGCCAGGGUGACCUUCAGUUUUAAACACUAAUAAACUCCCUAUUUACAGCUGUUACAAUCUGAAAUACUGUAACGUUUUCUAAUAAACUGAACCCAAAAGUAUGGGGGGAAUGCAGGACUAGUGGGGGAAUUAUCCUCAUUUAGUAUUGUCUGCAAAUACUCAGUGUAUGGAUUUAAAGAGUUG